AUGACUAUCGACACUGCGAACCCGCUGAUCGUGUACGGCCUCGCGCUGGAGAAGAACCAGGACAUCAAUGUCGGGCCUUAUGCGUGGAAGACGGAGGUUGACCUCGGGUAUGUGGCCACCCUCGGCAUCCCGUACAAGCUCGUCGGGCGCACGUACGACGAGAUCCGGGGCUCGUUCGAGGGCGAGACGGGUAACCCCAAGGUGACGGUCCCGACGAUCGUCACCGACGAGGGCUACAUCACCGACUCGUGGGUGAUUGCCGAGUGGCUCGAGUCCAAGUACGGCAAGCCGGAGCGCUCGCUCUUCGGCGGCAGCGAGGAGGGCAAGGCGUUUGCGCGCUUCAUCAACCUGUGGGCGGACAAUGACCUCGGGGACCAGGUCAAGAUUCUCUUCGCGCCUUGGCUCUACCAGGCGCAGGACCCCGUCUCGGCCGGCUGGUUCCGCAAGACCAAGCUCGGCGACAGCCAGGAAGCGGUCGACGGGCUGGUCAAGGCGAGCAAGGACCCGCAGUGGGUCGACAACCAGUCCGCGGUCGUGCGCGACAAGCUGCAGACGCUCGAGAAGCAGCUCGCGCUCAACAAGGAGGCGGGGCGCGGGCCGUUCAUCGCGGGCACAGAGUACCCCACCCACGCGGACGCGGCCGUGUUUGGCUGGUAUGCGGCUUCGGCGGCGGUGCGCCCGUACGACCUCGUCGAGAAGAUCUGGAACCACGAGUCGCUGCCCCUUGUUUCGGGGUGGGUUAAGGAUGUGAGCCGCGUCUCGGGGGUCAAGGUCACGUACCCUUACUAG